AUGCAAGCUCUAAAUAAGAACACAACAAACUUUUCAAACUAUUCUAAGAUAUCUGAGUCAUUGAAAGAAGGAAACUUAAAACUGACAAUAAACCCAAUGACAGAUGAGUUUCUAUUUCAAGACAAUAAGAACAAUACUGUCUGUAUAAAUCCAACAAAAGGAACUUUAAACGAGAAACCUAUAAAUGAACUUCUUUUGAAAGCAGAUGUUGACAACAAAGCUGACAAAGAAUAUGUAGACGAUGCAAUAGCAAAAGAAGAAGAAAGAGCUAACAAUGCUUAUGCAACAAAAGAACAUACUCAUCCUGAACUAGCAGACAAAACAUAUGUUGACAAUAAAAUGUCAAGUGAAGUGACAAGAGCUGAAAACGAAUAUUCUAAAAAGACUCAUAUACAUUAUAUUAACCAAAUACCAAGUCUUAAGGAAACAUUAGAGACAAAAGCAGAUAAGACUCAUACACAUUCUAUAUCUGAUAUUACAAACUUACAAGAAACCUUAAACAGGAAAAGUGACGUUGGACAUACACAUACCAUUGCAAAUAUUACAAACUUACAAGAAACCUUAAACAGGAAAAGUGACGUUGGACAUACACAUACCAUUGCAAAUAUUACAAACUUACAAGAAACCUUAAACAGGAAAAGUGACGUUGGACAUACACAUACCAUUGCAAAUAU